AGGGUCAGCUAAUAUCCACAUUCAGUUUUGUUGAACUGGAAAGUGUGUAUCAUGCCUGAACCAGCGAAGUCCGCGCCCAAGAAGGGCUCAAAGAAGGCCGUCACCAAGACCGCCGGUAAAGGAGGAAAGAAGCGCAAGAGGACCAGGAAGGAGAGCUAUGCUAUCUACGUGUACAAAGUCCUGAAGCAGGUUCAUCCCGACACCGGAAUCUCUUCCAAGGCGAUGGGCAUCAUGAACUCUUUCGUGAACGACAUCUUCGAGCGCAUCGCCGGUGAGUCGUCUCGUCUCGCUCACUACAACAAGCGCUCCACCAUCACCUCGAGAGAGAUCCAGACCGCCGUGCGUCUGCUGCUGCCCGGAGAACUGGCCAAACACGCCGUGUCUGAGGGAACCAAGGCCGUGACCAAAUACACCAGCUCCAAUAUUUGAAGAGCAGCACGACCGUCGACAGCAGAUACGGACAAGCUGCCAGAAGAAAACUGAGGAUUUUGAAGACCGAAAUCUGAUCUGAACGUGACGCUGAAAUCAGAUGGACAAAACGCAUUACUAAACAA